AUGUUAAGAGUGGAGGUGAUGAAUAUUUUCAUAACCACCUAUAAUCGCACCGGUCUCCUAUCAGCUUCCUUCUUGCUUCUAUCGUACUCUAUCUUACUCCUUCUUGCUUCUACCAUACUCCAUCUUACUCCUUCUUGCUUCUAUCAUACUCCAUCUUACAUGUUUACUUAAUUUUGAUCGCCUCCAUAACUAUAUAUCACGACUCCUCGUAGCUAUCUACUCUUACAGUUUUUGCAUGAUCCUCUACGUCUACUCCGCUUUUCUUCAUCUUCUAAUCAUUUGGGUCGGUGCAGCGCUUCGUGCGUGGCGGACACCAGCGCCACGCUUAGCUCUUGAAAGUGGGAACGCAGGAAAGAGGAUUUGUAUCGUUCCUACCCACUUGCUCUGGGCACUUUCUCCUCGUGUUACGUGGGCCGAUAGGGUACUUAUGAUACUACUUUUGUUCUCGUGAAACGUGGGCCGAUAGGGUACUUAUGAUACUACUUUUGUUCUCGUUACACGUGGGCCGAUAGGGUAUUUAGAGUAUAAGAGAGGGUACUUAAUAUAUAAUUUAUAUAUUAUAAGAGAUAGGGCAUCUUCAGGUUCAGAGAGGGAAUGAACUGUUCUUGUAUAAUACUUCUCCUGUCCAUUUGAUAUUAGAUCAUUUUAUCUUUUGCAGUGCUAUAUACCCAGGCUUCAUACUCCUGGAUCUAUCAUCCCAAAUCUCAACACUACCAAUCAGUGGCUGUUUCUGAGAACCAGUUGUGCGCAUGCUGGCCUUCUCGUCGCUGUUAAGGGUCAUUUCCAUUAAAUUGAUUACAUUCCCAAGUACUCAGCCGUUCCUGGUUUUUUUCCUGCUCGAAAGUAUGUCCAAUCCGAAUCGACUAACAUCAUCAGAAAAGAAGCCGGGUGGGAUGUUCUGAGGAAUCUAGUUAAUCCCGAAACCUGCUCUAACGGUGCAGGUUUUUGGUUUAUUCACCAACCCUUCGGAGGUGCCGACUAUUACAAUGCGUGGACUACACCUGUGUACAAAGCAACUUUUGCACGGCUACAACGAACUGGUAUCUUGUAAAAGUGUAACUUGCACGGCUACAACGAACUGGUAUCAUAUAAAAGUGUAACUUGCACAGCUACAACGAACUGGUAUCUUAUAAAAGUGUAACUUGCACGGCUACAACGAACUGGUAUCAUAUAAAAGUGUAACUUGCACGGCUACAACGAACUGGUAUCAUAUAAAAGUGUAACUUGCACGGCUACAACGAACUGGUAUUCAUAUCGAAAUGACAAUGCGCAGAUACAAAGGACGGGUAUCCUUACUACUAAAGAGAAAUGAUGAGUAA